GUGGAAAUGGCUUAUAAAGCGAAUCCAAAGUUGUUAACGCAGCUGCAGUAUUGCGAGGAUCGACUCAUUCCUUAUGUAUUGAUUGUGGGCGAACGCGAGUUGCAAGAAGGCGUCAUCAAGUUGAGAAAUGUGAAAACAAGAGAAGAACAGGAUGUCCCUCUUGCGAAACUAGCUGAUACUCUUCGUUCGCACCUUAACACCUUAUGA